AUGUGCGUGUCGACCAGAAGCGGCCCUAGCGACGAGGCCAAGGCGAAAGGACUUCAGAGGUGGGCCGCCAAAGGCAAACGGCACGUUGGACAGCUGCAGCAGCUUUUUCUUGGGUCCGGUGUGGCAGUGAAAGGUCGACAGGACCACGCCCGCCUGCUCAACUUCCACACGAAGCGUAUCUCCAGCGAGGAGGUCAAGAAGGGAUCAUCGGCCGCGGCAGCCGCCUUCGAGAUGAUGAAGGCCACCAUCAACAGCGUCCUCAACACAUGCGGCGAAGCAACGUCCGCCGAUACGGCAGCGGCGGGGCAGCGUUCCUCGGACGGUUCGGACAACGACGUUGGCGACGAAGACCCUUUGGCUAGCAAGCGGUCGAACGGCUUCUCGGAACGAAUCGGGGUGGGGGCGGAAAACGUGAUCUCCGCCCCAAGCCCCCCGUCGGCGUGCGCCGACGAUGUGACGGACGACGACUCUGAGGCGACACCAACCGAGACGACGAUGGGAAGGCCCCCAAGGGGUGAUGCGGGAUCCAGCCAAAAGACUUCGGCAGAAAGUGUUGCGGGACGACAGAUGAUCACCCUCGACGGGCACAUGCCCACCGUGCUCGUCUCCGGCAUCGGAGGUGCUACCGCAACCGUGCCGGAGGCAGCCCGCGCGAUGGCCGCUCAGGGAGAAGGGAUCACCAAAGACAACCGGAUGGCGCGAGAACUCAAGUCCCUCAGGAGCCUCGGCUCCCCCCACUACACCAUCGAGCUGGCCGGUCCCCACGACGGCAGCGACUUCCUGACCCUCGCCUUCGCCAACGCCGGCCUCGACCUGCACGAGAUGCUGGCCGAUCCGCACCUUCACGAAGGCAUGUCCAACCUAGACAUGAUGAGGCUCUUUGGAGGUCUCGUCAUCGGGGUCUUGAGCAUUCACGACCAAGUCUUCGCUCACGGCAACAUCAACCCGAAAAGCGUGCGGGUCGUCUCCGGCGAAAACGCGAGAUGGGUGAUCCGCGACUUCGGCAGUGCCGGAGGUUCGUUGGUUUGGUGUGAGAGUUUCAAACAAAUCGAUCAAGCCAUGGACUGCCUACGCAAAGAGAGCAAGUUCAUCACGAAAAAAUACCAGGCAGGGGGUUAG